UCAUGGGUGGACCAGAGAAACAUAUCGCAGAGGCGGAGGUUCAGCCUAUCAGUAAGGAUGUGGCUGUGGGUAACAUCGUUGAAUUGAAAAAUGAGUCGGAUGAGAUUCUUCCCAACAAGGAGUUUCAGNNGAGUGAGCAUACGAAUCAAAAGUCUGUUCAACAAGCUCUAACUAUCUCCAGGGAUCUUGUUGUCACCGCAGAUGACUACGUCCAUGCGCGAGAAGAAGCACAGAACUUCACCCUCGAGGAGACGAAGGCCAUGAUGGAGAGUGUCUGGAAAAUUCACGAGCUCGAUCCCAACUUUCCCGACAGCAUCCUCGACAAAAUCAAGGAGUUCCUUUUCAACGAAGACGUCUUUGCCAACCCUGAGAAGCAUGCCGAGCUUAUUGCUGAGGUCAAGAUAGAGGCUGCCUUGAUCGUCAACAACUCGCCAUACGCUGAGGUCAGAGCCGUGGUCGACAACACCGAUGAUCCCAACAUGCCAUGUGCGUCUCUUCGCGCUUAUGUUAUUGGUCUUGGCUUUGUUACUCUGAUCGCCUUUAUCAACCAAUUGUUCUCGAUCAGACAACCUUCCAUCACCGUCGAGGCAAAUGUUGCCCAGCUCCUCGCAUAUCCUGUCGGAAUUGCUGCUGCGAGAUGGCUACCAGACAAGGGCUUCACUUUGUUUGGAACGCGCCACAGUCUAAACCCUGGUCCNUUUUCCAAGAAAGAACACAUGCUCAUCACUAUCAUGGCCAAAGUCGGUGCCAAUCUCCCCUAUACCGACUAUGUUGUUUGGGUACAGUUCUUGCCUCAUAUGUUCGACCAAAGCUGGGCAGGUUCUUUCGCAUAUCAGAUCGUCAUUGCUAUCGGCACCAACUUUAUCGGAUUUGGUCUUGCUGGUAUCUGUCGUCGCUUCCUUGUUUAUCCCGCUUACUGCGUUUGGCCCACCUCUCUUGUUACCAUGGCUCUGAACAACUCUUUCCACGACAGCUCGAACCCUUCUGUUAUGGGUCCGUUUAAGAAAAUCUUCACCAUGACUAGACUCAGGUUCUUUGUUAUCACUUUCACUGCAAUGUUUUUCUGGUUCUGGUUCCCGAACUUCCUGUUCGAAGCCCUCAGCAUCUUCAAUUGGAUGAACUGGAUUGCGCCAAACAAUUUGAACUUGUCUACCGUUACUGGAAUGAACAACGGUCUCGGCAUCAAUCCCUUCCCAACUUUCGACUGGAACAUCCUUCUGUGGGAUCAAAUGGACCCUUUGAUGGUGCCUUUCUUCAACACCGUCAACCGAUUUGCCGGGUUGGUCAUCUCCUCAUUUGCUGUGCUUGGUAUCUGGUAUACCAACACCUUCAAUACUGGUUAUCUGCCAAUCAACUCGAACAAAGUUUUUGACCACUUUGGCAAGUUCUACAAUGUCACUCGCACGCUGGAUGAUCGUGGUAUGUUCGAUGCUGCUAAGUAUGCCGACUAUUCGCCAGCCUAUCUGAGCGCUGCAAACGCCACCGUCUACGCAUGCUUCUUCGCCAUCUAUACCGCAACAAUCUCCUACGCUUACAUGUAUCACCGCCAUGAAAUCAUGAUGGGCUUCAAGAAUCUGUUCAAGCGUGGCGAGAAAGAGGAGUAUAACGACAUCCACAACCGUUUGAUGUCUGUUUAUCCCGAAGGCAGGUACUAUUCGCUAGUAACCUCGACACUCCCUGAAUGGUGGUACCUUAUCUGCCUUUUGGUAUCAGUUGCUUUCGGUUGCGCUGGCAUUGCCGCGUGGCCGACUUAUACCACUGUCGGUGUCGUCUUCUACGGUCUCGCGCUCUGUCUGGUAUUCAUCCUCCCAAUUGGUAUCAUUAGAGCCAUUAGUGGUAUUCAAGUCACUCUCAACGUCUUGGCCGAGUUCAUUGGAGGCGCUUGGGUUGGAGGCAAUGCCUUGGCCAUGAACUUCUUCAAGUCAUUCGGCUACGUCACAUGCGCUCAUACCAUCCAAUUCCUGAACGAUCUCAAGCUCGCACACUAUACGAAGAUUCCUCCUCGCCACGCAUUCUGGGCUCAGAUGGCUGCCUGCUUCGUUUCCACUUUCGUCUGCACCGGUGUUCUCAACUUCCAGAUCCACAUCAAGGACGUUUGUACUACUGAUGCACCAAACCGCUUCUACUGCCCUGGCAACAACACCUUCUUCACUGCAUCCGUCCUUUGGGGUACCUUGGGUCCUCACAAAGUCUUCGGCAAGGGCGGACUAUACACGACCCUCCUUAUCGGUUUCCCUGUCGGUCUUGUCGUGCCUCCCAUCAUCUACUAUAUCACCCGCAGCUUCCCACAGAAGAAAUGGCUUCGUCAGAUCCACCCUGUCGCCAUGAUUUACGGCUGUCUCACCUGGGCUCCCUACAACUUCUCGUACGUCUGGCCUCAGGUACCCAUCGGAUUCAUGGCCAUGGUCUGGCUCAAGUCUCGUUACUUGGCUUGCUGGUCAAAGUACAACUAUGUGCUCAGCGCUUCUUGGUCUGCUGCCAUUGGUAUCUCUGCCAUUAUCAUUUUCUUCAGUGUGCAGUACUCCGGUGAUAUCAGUCUUGAUUGGUGGGGCAACAAUGUUUCGUACCAGGGCUGUGAGAACAAGGCUUGCACAAGAUUGACUCUGGGCAAAGGGGAGUUCUUUGGACCUCGUACAUGG